GUUUGGUCUGUUUGCUUCACCGCGCAGCAAUCGCUUUCUUCCCUUCUCUCUAUAUAUUUACUGUAUAAAUAUGCCCCACCGCCCUAUUCCACCAGUUCUAGACGUGACAUUCAAAAAACCCACCAGUCUCCUAACAUAGAUCAACGACAGACCUCGGUUUUAAAGCCUUAAAGGCUCCACCUUUUUCAUGGACGACUCCUCUCUCCAUCAUCCUCCCCAAACCACCACCACCACCGCCCCCGCCGCCCCCUCAAUCACAAUCGCCACAACUAGUGACACUAACAGUGAUACUAGUAAUAAUAGCAGCAGUGAUAAUAGUAGGAAGUGCAAGGGAAGAGGAGGGCCAGAUAACAGUAAGUUUAGAUACAGGGGAGUUCGGCAACGAAGCUGGGGCAAAUGGGUAGCUGAGAUUCGUGAGCCAAGAAAGCGAACUCGUAAGUGGCUCGGAACUUUUUCUACUGCUGAGGAUGCAGCACGAGCUUAUGACCGCGCCGCUAUUAUCCUCUAUGGCUCUAGAGCGCAGCUCAAUUUGCAACCCUCGAAUUUCUCCUCAGCUCAAUCCUCUUCUUCAUCCUCCCGCGGCUCACACUCUUCCUCUACUCAGACUCUUCGUCCCUUGCUUCCUCGUCCUUCCGGCUUCGGCUUCACUUUCUCUCUUUCUGCUUCAAUGCCUUCUCCAGCGUUGACGGUGGCUCCUGCUGCUGCCUCGGCCGCAUCUGGGUUGGAUCCUUACGGGGUUUUCAAUCAUCAUCAUCACCCUAACGUGGUUGGGUCGGGCGUGCUAUGUCCUAGCAACAUAGUACAGAAUCCACAAGAACAACUUAUGUUACACCAUCAAAACCCACUUCCUGAUGUGUGUAAUUUUGGCGACUCCUGCAGUACCCUUCCAAUAACCUCGUAUCAAAAUCUUAACUAUGACUAUGACGAUCAUAAUCGUUAUCAUCAUCAACAACAGCAACAAGAACUAGGUGGUGGUGGUUUGUACGAGGAUAUCAGUUCGUUGGUGGGCUCGGUGGGUUCUAGUUUAUCUCUAUCUAGUAAUACUCAACCUGUUAUUGCACCCGCGGGCCAGGAUCCGGUCAUGCAUGUCGGACCUGGAUCUCCAUCGGUGUGGCCUUUGGCAAUUGAUGAAUACCCGCCACCUAGCAUUUGGGACUAUGAGGAUCCUUCGUUAUUUGAUCUAUGAGUUCUUGAUGGUGAUGCGUAUAAAAAUUUGCACUUGAAAAAAUGCUAGAAAACAAGUAUAAGGCGUGUUUGGAAGUUUGAAAUUGAUCUUCUUUACCAUUAUUAGCUAUUCGUUUGGGCAUGUACAGUCUGGAUUGAGAAAAUUUAUCUCUCUUCUCGCUUACUUAUUGUAGAAAAUUUAAUUUGUGGGAUAUGGGUACAGUCUGGAUUUGAUUGAUUCCCAUUUGAGAUGAAGAAUUUCAAAAGAAGAAAGUGAUUAAAGAUUGUUGAUUCAACAAAGAUGGUCGCAAAAAGAGAGGUCAGAAAUGGCAUGUUUCAUUUAUCCAUUGUUGGUUCAGAAGGAUCUCUCAAGGUCAGUUAUAAUUAAAUUGCUUCUCUUAAGUUUGCUUCUACAUUUAUUUAGUAGGUAAUUGAUUAGUAAGAUUUUAGAUUUUUGAUAAUGGAGUUUGGAGAGGAGAAGAAUUUAUUUUCAAGAGUUAGGGUUUGGCUUAGCCACUGGAAUUGUUGGACUGAGAAAUUAAGCAAAUUGUUAGAAA